UUCGACUAUAGAAAAUGGAAAAUGUCAACUUUGAUCAAUUGUGACGCAGAAAUAUUCAAGGAGACACAGUUCAAAUCAAGAAAGAGAAACUCUGCUGGUUUGCUGGUUUGAGCUCUUAUUAAGUCUGCUUGAUUGAGCACUUUGAAUAUGGAGUCGAUAAGUUCAUAUCAGGCCCGCCGUUCAUAUUUGGACGGUGAGGAACGCGAAUUAACACAACAGCAAAAUCGUCGCCGUCAGAUUCGGCGUAAAGUAUUCCUAACUUUGAAGAUAAUCAUAUUUUUAAUAAUUUGGAUUUUCUUUGUAGUAAUUAUGUUUAUUCAGCCAGAACAUAUUUCUAAUGACCAAACUUUAGCCUUGGAGCAGCAUACAUUGAAAGUGUUGAAUCUCCACUGGCAGUCGAAAAGCAAUAAGGUAAAGGUCACGCUGACCGGGAACCUCGACAUGGAGAGCACCAACUUUCCACGCCUGGCAACCGCAUCACACAAACAUAUAUCAGUCAGUGUGCGAAUCUACAAUCAUUUAUUGAACAAGACGGAAUACGAGUCGGAUAUUUGGACUGUUUACUUGUUGAAAUCUGACCUGACACGUACACACUUAGGAACUGUGAGGCAUUUGUUUAAUAUGAAGCAGUUAGAAGUAGAUACUGCGGCUUUAUACCACGGCGACCAGAAGUCCCUUCAGAUAACAUUGCUUAAUCCAGGCCGUGAUAUAUUGGCAUUCAAAAUGAAAGUUAAUACCGAUCCCGUGGAGAUGAAUACUGGCGUCAUAGCAGCAGGUGUGUUGCUUAGUGCUCUUUAUAUAAUCAUCAUUGCGGGUUUGACGGAUCCCACAUUUGCCGCUGUUGUGCUGGCAUCGACCGCGAUCGGAAUGCUGUGUGUGUUGGAUGAUCGACCAUCGGUGCAAACAAUUGUAUCGUGGAUCGAUAUGCAUACAUUGAUGCUCAUCUUUUGUAUGAUGGUAAUGGUGACCAUUAUAACCGAAACGGGCAUCUUUGGCUAUGUCGCGGUGCUGGCCUAUCGCUUGUCGAAGGGUCGACACUGGCUGCUAGUUGGCCUCCUCUGCAUGAUCAGCGUCUUGCUAUCCGCAUUCUUGGAAUUGGUUACCAUAUUAAUGAUCAUGGUGCCCGUUGUGAUUCGAUUGUGUGAGUGUAUGAGCUUGCGCACCACGACCGUGUUGAUCUGUGUGGCAAUAUUUUCGAAUAUCGGCGGCACAUUGACUCCCAUUGGUGAUCCACCAAAUGUGAUAAUUGCAACGAAUACGCAUGUCAUGGGCCAUGGCGUCGACUUCAGCCAGUUUGUCAUUCAUAUGUUUCCGGGCGUGGCUCUGAGCAUUACUGCUGCUUGGCUUUAUUUAUAUAUGGUGUUGCGCAAGACUUUACAAACGGGCGGUGCAGAGCAAACUAAGUUGAAGGCGGAUUUGAAAAAGAAAAGGGAACCAUCAAUGUUUCGAAUUACGGCUGCAACCAAUUAUAUGGAAACUCUCGACCUAAUGGAGGCCAAAUACACGCUGGAGGACAAACCGUUGCUGAUUAAAAGCUCCAUUGCUUUCAUAUUUGCCCUAGCUCUGUUUGCGCUGCAUUCGUUGCCCGUCUUUUCGGGGGCCACGCUUGCUUGGACGGCUUUAAUGGCUGUGAUGCUGUUGUUGAUACUCUACGAUACCCAGGAUCUGAGUGCUGUGCUAAUACGGGUCGAUUGGUCUAUGCUGUUGUUCUUUAGCGCACUUUUUGUGCUCAUCGAAGCAUGCACGGAGCUGGGCUUGACCGAUUGGUUGGCUGAGGGAUUGAUUCUUAUUAUCUUGAGUGUGGAUCCUAAAUAUCAGGUUGUUACAUCCAUAGUGCUUAUCCUGUGGAUGGCGGCUCUAUUCUCGUUUUUUAUCGAAAGCAUUCCAAUUGUCACAAUGCUGAUAAAGCUCACCAUUAAAGUGGCCCUAAGCGAUCGAAUGAAUAUACCUUUGCUACCAAUGAUAUGGGCUCUGUCAUAUGGGGUGUGCUUCGCGGGCAAUGGCACCUUGUUUUCCACCACCGCAAAUAUAGCUGCCGCUGGCAUUGCCAAGCAACACGGCUAUAAGAUCACCGGCUAUGAGUUCUUCAAAUAUGGUUUCCCUGUCACUAUUUUAACCAUUACAAUAGCUACAAUUUAUCUGCUCAUUGCACACGGAAUUUUCACAUGGCACUAGCCAGAGAAUCUUCAUGGAUGGUGGCCCACUGUCUGUGGCCAGCAAAAACUUUCGUCCAAGCAUUUUUUUUUCGUUGGCAAACUUUUUAAUGACUAAAUAAGAUUUCCGCAAAAAGUUGUGGGGAGGCAGAAGCAGAAAGAUCAAAUGCGGAAAUGGCACAAAAAAAACUGACUGAUAAAUUUUUUUAUAAUUGGAUGCUUAUUAUUACUAAACAAACAGCCAUAGCGUUAAAUAAAUUGAAUGCCAAUUUCAUCACGGAAAAUAAAUGCCGUCUUCACCUGUUGUCUGCGCCCCAUGUCAUUUGAGGGCGUAGGCUAUAGGCGGAGGCUGGCAUCGAUUACCAAUCGUCGUGUAAGGACAAGAACUACUUGAUCAUGGCCAAUGCUCCUAUUCAUGUCAGAGCUAUGUCUAUCAAGUGUGUUGCCUGUUCCGAUCAAUGAAUGGAAAAUGGAAUCCUGGAGAUAUCCUGAGCCCUGCGCUUCUUUUAUACAUAAAUUACAAACAACACAUGAACACACAUAUAUACAGCGCUGAUUGGAAUUUACUAUGUGAAAUUUACUGUUGAAUAACCUUUCUUUUAAAUGACAUUUUAUGUGUGUAUUUGGCAAAGCACCAGUCUCUAGUAUUUUAAAUAAUUCGGGGGCAAGUGGAGGAGUUAUCCAAAAUCCAAAAUAUUCUAAAUCUCUGUAUCCAUUACACGAAUUUACACGUUAUAUUGGAAGUCGCCAGCAUUUACGGCAUCUAAGCCACGUUUAAACAACGCAGUCAAAUAAUCGAUUUUUAUCGAUAAUCAGAACAUAGGAUGAGUUAUCAAAAAAAAAGUGAUAAGCUUGUUUUGCGUUAGCAUACGCAUAUACGAGAAUACAUUUAAAAUUAAAAAAAAUCGCUGCGUUCAUAAGGACGGACAGAAACUCAGUCGGACGGACGGACAAGGCUAAAUCGGCUCGACUUUUCGUCGUGAUCAUGCCUCAUUCUUGUUACGUGCAUUUUAACAAAACCAUUUUUCAUUUUCAACGAGGUUGGAGUAUAAAACUCGUACGAGUCUUCAAUCGCUGCUGAACCAGAAACAUAUAGAGGCAUACUAAGUGGGGUGCUAAAAAUUUCUCGAUAUGCCUACUAGGUGUUUGCCAAAUCGGGAUAAAAUGUCACAGACUUGAAAUUUGGAAGCCAAGAUCAACAAGUUAUAAUGGAUAUAUCGACACUCAUUUAGCACGCGGUAAAUCACGAAUAACUGUAUACAAUUUUACAGUUUGAAAAUCAAAAUUUAGCGACUAUGUUACUAUCAACAUGCUAUAUGUUACUAUUAACAAUCUAACUCAUUUAUUUCUCAAACCUGCUAUUUGUGAUUGUAAAAGCGCAAGUUUGAAUGAAGCCGGGAACAUUUUUAUACAAUGAAACCAUUAAAAAUGGUAAAUCGGGAUGAUUUUGUUAAAAUGUAUAUAACAGCCAGAAGGAAGCGUGGCUGACCCCAUAAAGUAUAUAUAUUC